ACCGGAUCGAUGUAAACAAAAAAAUAGCAGGACGUAAAACCUCAUCUAGCAUGUCUUUUGUAAAUUGUACAAUCAUUGACAAGGACACCAUUCAUUGUAAUAAUGUCACAUUUAAAGCAGAGAAUAUGUUGACAUAUGAAGACAAAGGGUUUUGGAUUUAUUUGGGUAUUUACGUUGCCCUUGUACUGUUUGCAGGACUAAUGUCUGGCUUAACUAUGGGACUACUAUCUUUAGAUUUGAUGACAUUAAAAAUUAUGAAAGAUGGUGGAUCUCCAAAAGAGAAAAAGCAAGCAGAAAAAAUACUUCCUAUAGUUGAGAGACACCAUCUGUUAUUAGUGACUUUAUUAUUGGCUAAUGCAGCAGCUGUGGAAUCAAUGCCAAUCUUUCUAGACAGAGUCUCUAGUCCUAUUAUAGCAAUCGUUGUGUCUGUUACUGCUGUUUUGAUAUUUGGGGAAGUUGUACCACAAGCUGUUUGCACAAGACAUGGUGUGGCAAUAGGAGCAGCUUUAUCCCCAAUAGUUUACCUGUUAAUUGGUAUGUUCUGCAUUAUAUCAUGGCCAUUGUCAAAGUUGUUAGACUGUUUACUUGGAAAAGACCACGGAACAUUUUAUCGACGUGGAGAGUUAAAAGUUUUAGUUGAUUUACAUGCCAGUUCACCACCACAUUUAGCAAAUGGUUCGGAUCAUGAGGGAGAAGAAAGUUUAACAGUAGACGAAGUCCUCAUUAUCAAAGGUGCUUUAGAUAUGAAACAUAAGACUGUGAAAGAUGCUAUGCUGCCACUGGAUGACGUUUAUAUGCUUGAUGUUAAUUCUCAGAUGGAUCAUAAGACAAUGAAAUGUAUAGUAGACAUGUCACAUUCCAGACUUCCUGUCUAUGAAGAUGAAAAAACUAACAUCAUAUCAGUUUUGAUAGUAAAGACAUUAAUAUGUUUAGAUCCUGAGGAUUGUACUCCCGUUAGGACCCUCCUUCAUUCUAAUUCAGUUGCAAGUGUUAUUCAUGUUGAUGAUGACAUGCCUCUAUAUGAUCUACUCAACAUAUUUCAGACAGGAAAAGGACAUUUAGCAAUAGUAAACAAAAGAACCAGUAAUAGAUCCUUAAAUGAGAGUGACGACACCUGUAUACUUGAAGAAAUUAACUCACAGGUUAAUGAAUAUUCAGAUAUUCCAGAGGGCACAGUGAUUGGAAUUAUAACUUUAGAAGAUGUAAUUGAAGAGCUCAUUCAAGAGGAGAUAAUAGAUGAAACUGAUAUUUAUGUUGACAUUCAUAAAAGAAUACAAGUAGCCAGGGCACAGAGAGCAAGGAGAACAACAAAUAAUGUUGAAAGGCAGAUCUCAAACAGAAGUGGCAGUAGUCAGACCCACAAUGAUGAGUUCUCUUUGAUUGAUUUGAUGAGGAGUAAGUCUCAGCCAGCAAUAAAAGAGGACGAUCAUAAAGAAAUCAAAGUAGAACGCCAUAUAUCUAGGUCAUUAGAUAAUCAAAUAGAGGAAACAACAGAUGAAAAUGCUGCACUUUUACCACCUGUUUAGUAUGCCUGAUAUUUUUCACAUAACAUGUGUAUUGACUACUGGUUACAAAUAUUAAUUCUUAUGUCAUAUUUUACAAACACUCUCGGAAUGGGGCUAUGUUGCAAUUUCCGUUUGUCCAAAAUAAAUUCUGUAUUUUGUUUCUGAUAUCACUGCCUUAUAUUUUAUACAGUACUUUUAUACCAUCAAAUAUAGGUAAAUCCUUAUUUGUGAAUUUAUAUGCCUCACCUUGGAUAGUAGAAGGACAAGAUAUUUUCAUGUCUGUGUGUCUCUCUGUCGAUAUGUCUGUCUGUUAGUCUAUCUGCCCGUCCCGUAUCAGGUUGAAGUUUUGGCUUACGGUAGUUUACCAUAAAUUUGUGGUCACAUCAACUUAAAACUUAGUAUGCAUGUUCAUUAUGAUGUGAACUUUUAGAUAUAUGCCAAAUUAGGGUUUUGACAAAGAUUUCAUAAUAGAAAAACAAAGGAUAUUGGGUAGCCAUCCAUGACACAAAAUCAGUACAUGCAGAGCAAAAAAAACAAACACAAAAAGCAAAGGAACAGCGCUGAACAGUGCUUUUAUCGCUGUUCUUCAUCUCAAAGUCAAAAUGAGGUCUUCAGCAUGCAAAUACUCUCUUACCUCACUGCAAGGUUAAGACGACCCCUUGCACCAGUUUGAACGGAAUUCUUAGCAAAAUAAUUUGGAGAGACUUUGUAAGAUGUAACACCACCAAAUCGGGCUCUGUAAAAAAGAACAUACUGGAAAAUAGUACAUAUUCAAAACAAAAUAGUUCCUUCAGAACACCUUCUGACUGAUAACUUUGAAUAAUACAAAAAUGUAUGAAAAAUCUUUAAAAGGAGGGCAUAUAUUGACUGUUUCUCAGAUAUGAGUACCAAGAAUGGUGGCCAAGAAUAAGUGAUGUGCGUCUUAUUAAAAUUUUAGUACACAAACUGGCCUAAAAUUGACAGAAUGAUGUGGCACACAUAAGAGAAGUUAUCUCUAGAAUAAAUACACCAUAACUUUAAAAAUCAAGAAAAUGCAUACACCUCAAGCACAAGGAAACUUUUUAAGGCCUCCACACAGCUUAGUUCACUUACAUGGAAAUGUGACAGUGCCAAUGGAGCAUGGUGUCUUGUUAUAAAUUGGUUUGCAUAAUAUUUUGCAGUGUUUUUUUUACACUAGAUUAGAACUGGUGAACAUAAAAUAAGGAAAUUCUUAAGGUUGGAAUUAGUAAGCUUUGUGUUUUCAUUGGAUAAAACAAAAAUAGGCUUAGCUUGAACAACUCAAAUUAUGCAGGGAAAUUUGCAAUGAAUAUUUUUCUUUGGUUUUUUGAUGUCGUUUUGUUUGUUUUGUUUGUUUUUGACAAUUUUGAUCUUUAUUGGUACUUUAAGAUAAACUUUUUAAUACAGUGAAGCAGUCAAAGUAUUUAUUUAAUAUGAUAUAUGAAUGAGCAUUAAAUUGAAUAUUAGUGAAAUGUAUGUGCAUUAUCAGAUCAGGUAAAUGUCUCACUUACAUUGAUUCAGUAACUACAAUGUACAUGUACAAAAAAGUUACUUGUUCUAAAGAUGUUUGGAAAAAAGUUUUAAUAAGCUUGUUAUUUGUAAACUGAUUUUGAUUUGUCUUGUUUAUCAUAAACUAUGAGAAGUUAUUUCCUUAUCAAUACAUUUUGUAAAUUU